CCAUCUGGUCAUUUUGCCGCUGCGUGUUCCCUCUCCUAGUGGAGAUGGAGGAUUACAAUUCACUCAUGUAGUUAUUUAUUUUUGUUCACGUAAUUGAAAAAUAUUCAUUGUCAUGGAGUUUAAAAUUUCACAAGUGAAACUUCAGAACAUGGGUUAAGUUCAGAAAUAGUCCUAAAAUGAGUUGGUUUUGAUAGUUUGUCCCACAUAAAAAAAAAAAAAAGUCUUACAAAAAAGGUUUUCAUAAGGGAUGUUUUUGAUAUUUUGGUCCCGCUUGAUAAAUUUUGUCGACAAGACUGAUGUUCUAACUCUUAUUCAUAAGGCAAAUACUCAUGACAUUUCAAGGCAAAAAAGCCUACACAACUGACCAAAGUUUUAUCUUAUAAGCAAAAGUUAGAACUUAUUUAAAGAUGAUUGGAUAAAAAAUCAAGACCACACACUUUAAUGGAUAAAAUUCAAUACAACACAUUUGAAAGACAAAAAUUCAAAAUCAACUACAUUUGAAAUACUAGUCCUAACUAUAAUAAAUACACACUUUACACCAGUUAUGUUCUCAGCCCCACUCAAUCUCUAAUUAAAUAAUAUAAUAUUAUUUUUUAUCUUUUUAAUAUUGGAUCAGAUAAAACUUCGACCCAUUAUCAUUUUAAUCAAUUUCGCCCUUUCAUCACUAUUCUUUUUCGGCAACGAAAUCAACUUCUCCCCUCUUUUCCUUCUUCAUUGAAAUUUCACUUCUAGGACUCUCUUUCUGAGUUUGUAGAUAUAAGAGUUUGUCCUUUCUCUGCUACAAAACAAAUUUUUUACCCCAUGGUCCAUAGCGAAAUUUGAACCUCUGAUUCCUUUGUUGCUUUCGUUGAUCUCCGACGACUGAUUCUAAAAUUGAAAUUUCUUCUCCACCUAGAUGGGUAUAAAAAAACUAAUAGCAUUUUUUUCAAUUGCUACCUCAUUAAGUCGAGCUGGAUGAUGAGUUUGAUACUUUUAAAUUCAUUAAUAUCCUCCCCGACGAACAUCAUUAUAAAAUCAUAAAAAGAGAAUCAAAUUUUGAUACUUGAUGGAAGAUGAAAUACAGAAUUGAAGAGUAAGAAAAUUGUUAUCAUGAAUGCGGUUUUGAGUAAAGUGAAUAGAUGGAGUAGAGACAUCGAUUUUUUCUGCUUUUACAUUGAUGAAAGAGAACUCUGUAAAUUUCUUCUUUUCUCCUAUUUGGAGAAAAUGAGUUGCUUGGAGAAGACAAGUUGUUAAUGUCACAUGGCAACUUUACAUUGGCUUGGAGCCCUGCUUUCAUAACGUUGGUACGAUGGGGAACGGAUGAAGAAAAAGAUGGUGGAGGGAGAGGAGGUCGCCUGAAAGGCGGUGACAGAGAUAGAGUUGGAUACAUAGAAUCCUCGAGGGAGGGGGGCGAAGGUGAAGGUGGAUACAGAGAAUCAUCAGGAGGUGGAAGCGGCGGUGAAGAAAUGUUGUGCUAUGUAUAUGACAAUUCAUCAUUCCAACACGAGUAUUGGAUUCUCCUAAAUUGGGAUGGUGGUGGUGGAGGAACAAAAAUCUGCCGAAACACUUCCCUGGACACCUUUCUUUUUGAAAGUAGGAAGCCAUGGACACUUGUAGGGACUCAACGAAACAAACAGAGAAAACUCAAUUCUCAAGAAAAUACAUUGGCAUUCACACACCAAGAUUCAACAAAAAAAUAACAUGGAUCAUUGAAUUUCAGGAAAAAACAGAGGAUUGCAUUGCAGAGAAGUAAGUGAACAAAAAUUCACAAAAAAAAAAUGAUUUUCACUUCAAAAAGUUGAAAGCAAAAGGAAGACUGGAGAAAGAAAGGAGGAGCAAGUUCUGAAGAAGAUGCAAAGUGAGAAUAGAGACAAGUGCUAUUACCAAUUCAGUAGCAUCCCAGAUCCCGCCUAUUUAUAGUAAGUCACCUGAUAUUUUUUGAGUUCUAACCAACAUAUAUUUUGUCACAGCCCAAAUUCGGGAUCGUGAUGGCACCUAUUCCAUCCUUCGUGAUAGGUAAGUCAAAUACCCAAUUUCAAGAAUAACAUCUCAAACUCAUAGAAGCGGAAGAAAAUAAGAACAUAACCAAUUCUGAAUAAUCUCAUAAGUAGAUUAAUAGCCUAGUAAAAUCAAAUCAUAGAUAAUCUCAGGUCUGGAAAUCACUAAUACAAGCCACUAA